AUGGACCACCCAUACCUCAUCGCGCUCUUGUUCUCCAUUGUGGGCUACGGCUGGUACCUCCAACGCGAUCUGGCGGAGGAUAUCUUUAAGAGACCGCGCGAAGCAUACGGAGAGGCAUUUGCCGCACACGGCCCUGUCAUCGGCGUCCGGCGGAAGGGUAACCUGGAGUACAUCGUGAAUCACGAGUACGCCCGAUACGUGCUCACGUGCGACCGCCUCUUCAGCUUCGAACGAGGUUCUGCCGCCAUCAUGAACCUCCAGCCUCUCAUGGCCUUCACAGAAGGCGCGCUUUUCCGCGACCUGCAGGACUUCGUCAGGGACGGUAUUGUGAAUCGCAUCGAUGAAAUAGUCGAGAGGAUAUGGCCUCUCUUCCAACGCGACACGAAAGAGUUCAUACAAAUGUCGAUCGCGGGCGCGAAAGACGGGAAACACCCCAAUUGCCACGACCAUUACCACAACACGAUCGCAGAGACCACUCUGAUUCUGCUUCUGGGACAGGAUUAUGUCAACGACCACAAUCUGGCGACCAUCGAAGACGUGUCAAACUGCAUGGCCGAACUUACGGGGCAGUACCAGAAUUUCUCGCUGGUGGGCAGAUAUCUCCCCUACCUCUGGAUUCUGUAUACCUGGGUGAAAGUCAUUCUCAUCCGCAUUCCGCUCGGCUUCUUCCGCACCUUCGGCCCACAAGUCUGGCGCGACAUCGAUCAAUACGAACGACUGAUGUCUGAGGCUGAGCGCUCCGGCGGCGCAUCUCUGCUAAAAAUGAGGUUCCCCAAGAGUGUUCUUUACCUCAUCACCAAAACGUACUACCGAGCGAACGGCGGGAAAAGCAUCGGCUGGGCGCGGCGGGUAUAUAUCGCAGUCCUCCUACUUUGUCUGAUCUUUGCUGCCGUACACACAACCACCGUCGUCUCCCAGUGGGUCCUCUGCCAGCUCGCCACCCGCCCGGAGUACCUCGAGCCUCUCCGACAAGAGCUCUCCGAGGUGCUCGAAGAGGACGACACCGGCGCGCUGCGCCUCACCGCGCGCUCCUUACGGCACGCCCGCCUCAUGGACUCGUUCAUCCGUGAGGUGAUGCGCCUGAAAGGCGACACAAUCGCCGCGAUGCGCUACACGACGUGCGACGUCCCGCUCGGCGACGUCGUCAUCCCCAAGGGCUCGUUCGUCACCGUGCUGGCGACGACGGUGCAUGAGAACCCGGACGUGUUCGGCGACGCCCCGCGCGACUUCAACGGCUUCCAAUGGGCCGACUCGGGCAAGGAGGCGGUCAUGACCGGGCCUGCGCACAUCGUCUUUGGGCUCGGCCGCUUCGCGUGCCCCGGGCGCGUGCUCGCUGUCAACGAGAUCAAGCUGAUCGUGAUGUCGCUCAUCGCGCGUGCGACGCCGUCGCUGCUCGAGGGCAAGUUCGAGGUCGCAGACCCGCUCAACACGGUGACGCAGCCGCCGAAGGGCACGCUCGUCUUUUCCCCGAUCGGGAAGACGUUUCUGCAGUGA